AUGGCGAGCACGAUGGAGGCGGCGCAGGCGGUGCUGGCGGCGUUCGACACGUCGCUGUCGCGGCAGUGGCGCGACGAGGACCGGCGGUGGCGCGCGGAGGACCGCGAGUGGCGCGCGGACGACCUGGCGUUCCGCGAGGAGGAGCGGAGAUGGUUCGGGGAAGAAGCGGAAAUGCGGAGCGCGGAGAUCAGGUGGAGGGAGGAAGACAUGAACCAACGCCACGUGGACAAUGCAAGAUACCUCUGGGCCAGAUUUGUUGAAAAGAAUCGGCGAGAUGUGGAGGAGAAGUCGGAGCAGCUCAAGGCGAUCUCAAACCUCGCAGCGCUGUUUGCUGGUUUCGCUGUAGUCACACUCACUCAGUUCCAAGUCACCCUCGACACUUCCCCCCUGUGGAACGUCGCUCUAUACGGCAUCCUCACUGCCAUCUCCGUGUGUCUACACACGGUGGCCAUGGUGCAGUGCACGCUCAUCAUGGGGAGCAUAUUGAAGAACGGCAAGGCCUAUGUGGACGAGGAGGCCGAGGAGGAGUUCAUGUUCCGCUGCCUGCUCUUCGUGCGCUCUUUCUCUCUAGGGGACCGCCCUCCUGCGCCCCGUCGCACGUUUGAGGCUUUUUGGGAGUUUAGGUGUGAAGAUGACUGGCGCAAGGCAUUCAACUACUUCACAUGGGGAAUCUUUUCGUUCCUUCUCAGCCUCAUUCCUAUUGGCUGGAUCAAGUUCAACUUCUCAACCUUCAUCCCAGCAGCGUUCACCGCCAUUGUCAUCUGCUCCAUGGUGCUGUGGGCCUAUCAGCAGCUGUCAUGGGGCGCCUAUCUCACCAAGGGCCGCCGCCAGUUCGACUCGCUUCUCUCCGAAGCCGAGGCCUUCCGAGUGCGCCCCUCCGGCCUCCCCUUUGACUGGCACAUCGCGCCGGAAGCUUCCCGGAAGCGCAGCUCCUCGCGGAGAAGCGGGGGAGGGCGGAGCGGAAGAGAGGGCGGGUCGAGCGACGCUGCUUCGACGGCUUUUACAGAUGGUGAUGCUGGUAAAGAGGGAAAGUCCGGUUCAGGAUUGGAGAACACGGAUGCAUUUGUGAAAAGGUUGCUCAAGGGCAGGGGAGUAGACAAGGCGAGGAGGGUGAGAGGGCAAGUAUGA